AUGAAAAGUAUAGCUUAUUGUUCAGACGUAAAUCGUUCGGUGUUGUUGAAUAAUUUUGAAAAACGCGGCUGGGUACAUGUGGGCCCAGAAGACAAAUGGAAUCUAUACUGGACUAAUGUACAUACUUGCCGUAGCUUAUUUAGUACUGAACAAUAUUACCGUCUGGAAGAGGACCAAAUUAUUAAUCAUUUCUUGAACCAUUACCAACUCACGCGAAAAGAUUUACUUAUCAGAAACAUCAGACGGUAUCGGCGAGAAAUGCUGAACAAUAGUACCUCGAAUGUAACUCGUACGGUCGGCACUGUUGGCCAGCGGUUUCAUUUAGAUAUCAUACCAACGACUUACAUACUGCCUGCCGAUUACCAUUUGUUUCUGGAAGAGUACCGUAAAAAUCCGAGUACUUGGAUCAUGAAGCCGUGCGGUAAAUCACGAGGUGUCGGAAUAUUCUUGAUCGACAAGCUAUCAAAGCUCAAAGAAUGGUCCACAAGCCGAAAGCGUUUCACUCGUACCCCGACCUCCAAAGAUACCUACAUUAUAUCGAGGUACAUAGAUAAUCCGCUUUUGAUAUGUGGCAAAAAGUUUGACCUACGCCUUUAUGUUUUGGUCACUUCUUUUCAUCCUCUCAAAGCGUAUCAGUUCAAUUACGGGUUUUGCCGUUUCUGCAGCGUCAAAUAUAACAGUCAUGUUGACAAUAUCGACAAUCUGUUCGCACACCUGACCAACGUGUCCAUACAAAAACUCGGCGAGGAGUACAACAGUGUGCAUGGAGGGAAAUGGUCUACAGAAAAUCUAAAACUAUACUUGAACAGCACUCGAGGUGAAAUAAACACUCGGGCUCUGUUUGAAAACAUAAGCUGGAUAAUCGUACAGUCGUUGAAAGCCGUUAGCAGUGUAAUGUCAAACGAUAAACAUUGCUUUGAAUGUUAUGGCUAUGAUAUUAUAGUCGACAAUAAUCUUAAGCCAUGGCUCAUAGAAGUCAACUCAUCGCCGUCGCUCUCGUACACUACUCAUAGCGAUCGAAUGCUCAAAUCCAAACUCAUAGAUAACAUAUUAUCAAUAGUUCUACCGCCAUCAGGAAUUCCGAAUUCUCGAUGGGAUAAGAAACCAGCACCAGAAGCUCUGCAUAAUUUUAGUGUGUUGAUUGACGAAGGUUCUGUGACAAAAUGACAUCUACUAAAUCGGUUGUUACAGAUAGUUAUUUAAAUG